CGCCAACAUCUCAUGCGUCAUUUCCGCUGAACGUUAGCGUGAUGCUGAACUAGGAAACUUGUUCAGAUCUACACAGGAGGAAAAUUAAAGGUUUGAGUUGUACCCCUCCAUCAUGACUGAACCAGAGCUGCUCACAGAGGUCCCCGCUUCUCUGAAACGGCUAGCCAAGCAGGUUGUGCGAGGUUUCUAUGGCAUCGAGCAUGCUCUCGCUCUGGAUGUGCUGAUCCGUAACCCCUGCGUACGUGAGGAGGACAUGCUGGAGCUGCUCAAGUUUGACCGCAAGCAGUUGCGUUCGGUUCUGAACACACUCAAGGCUGACAAGUUUGUCAAAUGCCGUAUGCGUGUGGAGACGGCACCUGACGGCAAGACGACGCGACACAAUUACUAUUUCAUUAACUACCGGCUGCUGGUUAAUGUGGUGAAGUACAAGCUGGACCACAUGCGUAGACGCAUUGAGACGGACGAACGGGACUCGACUAACAGAGCCUCCUUCCGCUGCCCCUGCUGCAUGAACACGUUCACCGACCUUGAGGCCAACCAGCUGUUUGACCCCAUGACUGGAACGUUCCGCUGUACCUUCUGUCAAACAGAAGUAGAGGAGGACGAAUCGGCCGUGCCAAAGAAAGAUGCCCGUACUCUGGUGGCGCGAUUCAAUGAGCAAAUCGAGCCUAUUUAUGUAUUGCUACGUGAGACUGAGGACAUCAACUUGUCGCAUGAUCUUCUGGAGCCCGAACCGUCAGAAAUCCCAGCCCUUAAACAAAGUCGGGAACGGGCUGCCCAGGCUGCAGGAGCUGGUGCAGGGCUACCUGGUCGGGAAGUAUGGAAAAACAAAGGCUCAUCAUAUGACCUCUACUCACAGGAUGUGGUCAUCAGCAUGGAGGACCAGGAGCCUCAGCCUGGCCAGACUAACGAGGGAAAAGCCCCCAAAGAGAGGCCCGUAUGGCUGACAGAAAGCACAGUGCAGGGGGCGUACAACGAGACGGAUGCUCUGAAGCAGCCUGGCGAGGACUCUAUAGUAACUCAGGAGGGAAUGACUGGACGAGGAGCCGCACAGGAUGAGAACGAGGAGGUGAUGCUGGCUCUUCUCAUUCACGAGAAGAGGAGCGGAGCCGGUCCAGGAGGUGCCAUGGUCUCCAGACCGACCGUUCCAGCGGCUAACGCCAGCGACUCUGACAGCGAUACCAGUGAGUCAGAUGAAGACUCGCCGCCUCAGGCUCCAGCCCACACUAUGCUCAAUCCUACAGCCCCGCGACCGGGAAAACAAGACGACGAAGAGGACGAAGAUGAUGAUGAUGAGUUCGAGGAGGUUGGGGACGACCCUGUGGUUAUGGUAGGGGGAAGACCUUUCUCUUACAGGGAGGUGAGCCAGAGACCCGAGCUGGUGGAACAGAUGAGCGCUCAGGAGAAAGAGGCGUACAUUGAAAUGGGCCAGAACCUCUUCCAGGACAUGUACUUCUGAGUUCAUCCUGUCUGUCCGCAUCACAUUCGUUCUUGCAUUUGAUUCGUCCUUUGCACAGUCUCAAACGGUGUUGUGCGACAUGCCAGAGCUGACAAAUGUAGUGUUAUAUCGUUGAUCGUUCUUCUAUUUUCUCAUCCCUCUGCCAUAUUCUCAUAUAAAUCUACUCUGGUGCCAAUGAUACCAAAGUAUCACGGUUGUAAACAAGAGUAUCGUACAUUGGCAAACAUGCUCACAGCGCUACCUUUCCGGUUUGUUUGCCGUCUCGCCACAUUCAGAGACGUCCAAAUGAAUAACAGUGUUGCUGCAGUGACCUCUGGGACGGUUUUACUCAAAAGAAAACCCCAAACCGAAUGGUUCAGGGGCUUUUCCUCAUUUUUGAAUGACAGCAAGUGACAAAUGUUGUUUUGCUCAAAGCUACAGAGACAUUUCUGCAUCGUCUUGCUUUCGCAUCUAUUUCCACAGCUAUUUUUCUCAACAGUAUUUAGCAGGACUUGCGGUUUGAAAGGAAGGACAAGUGAUUUUGUUUUCAGCUGACUGCCUUGACGUGAUAUUAAAUGGAGUUUUGAUGAGAUAUGUUUGUUUAGAGCGUGAUUGCUUUCCUUUCACAGCAGAAAUGAGCACUUUCUUCUUCUGAUCUCUGCCUCAGUGGACAUUAUUCACUUCUUUUUGUUUAUCCAUAAGUGGAAAAAGAACGUUGUUGUUUUUUUUUAGUUCGUUAGACAUUUUACAGUAAUAAAAAGCAGAGUGUAAAAACUUCAA